AUGGCUUCCAGUCCGCUGCCGGGGCCCAAUGACAUCCUGCUGGCUUCGCCUUCGAGCGCUUUCCAGCCCGACGCGCUGAACCAGCCGCGGCCAGGCCACGCCAAUCUCAAACCCAACCAGGUGGGCCAGGUGAUCCUCUACGGCAUUCCCAUCGUGUCGCUGGUGAUCGAUGGGCAGGAGCGCCUGUGCCUGGCACAGAUCUCCAACACGCUCCUCAAGAACUUCAGCUAUAACGAGAUCCACAACCGCCGCGUGGCGCUGGGCAUCACGUGCGUUCAGUGCACGCCUGUGCAGCUGGAGAUCCUGCGGCGCGCGGGGGCCAUGCCCAUCUCCUCACGCCGCUGCGGCAUGAUCACCAAGCGCGAGGCCGAGCGUCUGUGCAAAUCGUUCUUAGGCGAAAACCGGCCGCCGAAGCUGCCCGACAACUUCGCCUUCGACGUGUCGCACGAAUGCGCGUGGGGCUGCCGCGGCAGCUUCAUCCCCGCGCGCUACAACAGCUCCCGCGCCAAAUGCAUCAAAUGUAGCUACUGCAACAUGUACUUCUCGCCCAACAAGUUUAUUUUCCACUCCCACCGCACGCCCGACGCCAAGUACACGCAGCCAGAUGCCGCCAACUUUAAUUCCUGGCGCCGACAUCUCAAGCUCACCGACAAGAGCCCUCAGGACGAGCUGGUCUUCGCCUGGGAGGACGUGAAGGCCAUGUUCAACGGCGGGAGCCGCAAGCGCGCGCUGCCCCAGCCGGGCCCGCACCCCGCCUGUCACCCGCUCAGCUCCGUCAAGGCCGCGGCCGUGCCGCACCCCGCACACCUCCUGGAGGGGCGUAAGGCGGGAGGUGGCGGCUACCACCAUUCGAGCGCUUUCCGGCCGGUGGGCGGCAAGGACGACGCGGAGAGCCUGGCCAAGCUGCACUCGGCCCAAGCGCACCACCACCAUCACCACCACCACCAACCACACCAUCACCACCACCACCACCAUCCCCCGCAGCCACCGUCGCCGCUGCUGCUGCUGCCCCCGCAGCCCGACGAGCCAGCUUCUGAGCGCCACCACCCAGCGCCCCCGCCGCCGCCGCCACCCCCGCCGCCGCCGCUGGCCCCGCAGCCGCCGCACCACCGAGGCCUUCUGUCCCCGGGGGGCACCAGCUGCAGCUACCCCAGCGAGGACAGCUCCGGAGACGAGGACGACGAGGAAGAAGAGCAGGAAGUGGACGUGGAGGGCCACAAGCCCCCCGAGGGCGAAGAAGAGGAAGAGGAAGGUCGAGACCCUGACGACGAGGAGGAGGAAGACGAGGAGACCAGAGUGCUGCUAGGAGACCCCUUAGUUGCGGGUGGCCGCUUCCUCCAGGGCCGAGGGCUGUCGGAGAAGGGGAGCAGGAACCGCGCCACUGCCGCCCCGGGCGCUUUCCCACUCGCCCUGAACUCCUCCAGGCUGCUGCAGGAGGACGGGAAACUGGGUGACCCCGGGGGCUCGGACCUGCCUUCGCUCCCACCCCCGCCCCUGGCCCCCCAGAAAGCCAGCGGUGGCAGUGGCAGCAGCCCUGGCAGUCCCGUCCACCAUCCAUCACUGGAGCAGCAGCCCUCCUACAAAGAUAAUCAGAAAACUAAGGAAAAUAACCAAGUUAUUGUAUCUACAAAGGAUGACAACAACUUUUCAGAUAAGAACAAGGAGCAUAGCUUCUUCAUCACAGACUCUGAUGCUUCUGGAGGAGAUUUUUGGAGAGAGAGAUCAGGUGAACACACACAAGAAACCAAUUCACCUCAUUCACUUAAAAAAGAUGUAGAAAAUAUGGGAAAAGAAGAACUUCAGAAGGUUUUAUUUGAACAAAUAGAUUUACGGAGACGACUAGAACAAGAAUUCCAAGUGUUAAAAGGAAAUACAUCUUUCCCAGUAUUCAAUAACUUUCAGGAUCAGAUGAAAAGGGAAUUAGCCUACAGAGAAGAAAUGGUGCAACAGUUACAAAUUAUCCCAUAUGCAGCAAGCUUGAUUAGGAAAGAGAAGCUUGGUGCCCAUCUCAGCAAAAGCUAA